GGCCUCGAUAAUUGGUUUGUGCAGGAAUCCCCUUGAGCCAAGAGCCAGCCAUAAUGAAACUUUGACCGCCAAAUCGAUAUAAAGGAGGGAUGAUGCCUGGUGGCGGGCCAGGGUUGUGAACCGCUACUACUAGUCGUUGUAUUGAACCACCUCGUCCGCACCACACCAUGCGCACGAUCCGUCUUCUCCAGACUCUCCUGGGGCUGGCCACCACAGCCCCCCUCACAACCGCCAACAUCGUCUCCUUCUCGCCCUCCUCCUCCCACCCAGACCUAACCUACAGCAUCACGGUCCCAGAGACCACAACCCAGGAGAAUGCCGGACCAAUCUACCUUCAGAUCCGCGCACCCGCAACAAUGCAAUGGGUAGCUCUGGGGCAAGGCACACGGAUGGCAGGCUCGAACAUCUUCGUGGUAUACGCGGCGUCGUCCACAGAACUGACACUAUCGCCCCGGCUAGGCCUCGGGCACAUCGAGCCAGAAUACACGCAGCUGGCACACGCCAGCCUCCUGCCAUCAAGCAACAUAACCGACGGGAUCAUGACGGCCAACAUAGCGUGCACAAACUGCCUAUCGAGCUGGUCAUCACCGUCCGAGACGACCUACGCGCCCGACUCAAGCUCUGCCCCCUUCAUCUGGGCCUACCACAGCGGCGACUCCCUCAACACGACCUCAGUAACCAGCCCAAUAGUCAUCCACACAGAGAUGGGCAGCACAACAGUCGACCUUCGUGCCGCGCAGUUCUCCGCCCCAAGCACCACCACCACCACCACCACCAAUAACACAGACUUCAACCCCUUCGCCCUCCCCUCCACCAAUUCCACAACAACAACAACAACAACAACAACCCCGCAACCCUCAUCCGCAUCCAAAACCCACUCGCUCUUAAUCACCCACGCAGUAAUGAUGUCCCUAGCCUUCACCCUCCUCUACCCGCUAGCCGCCCUCCCCAUCCCCCUUGGCCUGACAUACAACAUCCCCAAAACCCACGCCCCCCUCCAACUCUUCACCACAAUACUGACGCUCGUCGGCUUGGGCACAGGGGUCUACCUCGCUGAUGAAACCGCAACAUUCAAGCACGCGCACCCCAUCAUCGGGAUCAUCCUGGUCGGUGUCCUCGUACUCUUCCAGCCGCUGGCAGGGUACCUGCAGCACCGGCACUGGAAGCGCGAGGCCGCGAAGAGCGUGUUCGGGUAUAUGCAUCGGUGGGUAGGGCGCGGGGCGAUCGUGCUGGGAAUGGUGAAUGGGGGGCUGGGGUUUUGGUUUGCUGGCGGCGUGGGGAGUCCUAAGGUUUCUGUGGCGGGCGUGGUGGUUUAUUCGGUUGUUGCCGGCGUGGUGUUUCUGGGAUUGUUCGAUGGAGGAGUACACGUACCUAGGGCUGGGAAAGGCAAGGGAUGGGAAUUUGAUUGA